AUGGGUAAAGAAAAGACUCACGUUAACGUCGUUGUCAUUGGUCACGUCGAUUCUGGCAAGUCAACCACCACUGGACAUCUCAUUUACAAAUGCGGGGGUAUUGAUAAACGUACGAUAGAGAAAUUCGAAAAAGAAGCUGCUGAACUUGGUAAAGGUUCCUUUAAAUAUGCCUGGGUAUUGGACAAACUAAAAGCUGAACGUGAGCGCGGUAUCACUAUCGAUAUCGCCCUCUGGAAGUUCGAAACUCCCAAAUAUUAUGUCACUGUCAUUGAUGCCCCUGGACAUCGUGAUUUCAUCAAAAACAUGAUUACUGGUACAUCCCAGGCUGAUUGUGCUAUCCUAAUUAUUGCUGCCGGUACUGGUGAAUUUGAAGCCGGUAUUUCUAAAGAUGGACAAACUCGUGAACAUGCCCUUCUGGCCUAUACCCUUGGUGUAAAGCAACUUAUUGUUGCUGUAAACAAGAUGGAUACCACAAAAUGGUCUGAAGAACGAUUCAACGAAAUCGUCAAAGAAGUCUCAGGUUUCAUUAAACGUGUCGGCUAUAACCCCAAGACUGUUGCUUUCGUACCAAUAUCAGGAUGGCACGGUGAUAAUAUGUUGGAAGAAUCUCCAAAUAUGCCAUGGUUCAAAGGAUGGAACAAAGAAAUUAAAGGUGGUUCCGCUAAAGGCAAAACUUUAUUGGAAGCCAUUGAUUCUAUUGAACCUCCAUCACGGCCAACCGAUAAACCACUUCGUCUUCCACUUCAGGAUGUUUACAAAAUUGGUGGUAUCGGCACUGUCCCAGUCGGUCGUGUUGAAACUGGUACCAUCAAAGCUGGUAUGGUUGUAACUUUCGCUCCAGUUGGUCUAACAACUGAAGUCAAGUCAGUAGAAAUGCAUCACGAACAGUUAGUUGAAGGUGUUCCAGGUGACAAUGUAGGAUUCAAUGUUAAAAACGUAUCUGUCAAAGAAAUCCGUCGUGGUUUCGUAUGCUCCGAUUCCAAGAACGACCCUGCUAAAGAGGCUGCUUCCUUCCAAGCCCAAGUCAUUGUUCUAAAUCAUCCAGGGCAAAUUGGUGCUGGUUAUGCUCCAGUAUUGGAUUGCCACACCGCUCACAUUGCAUGCAAAUUCGCUGAAUUGGUUGAAAAGAUCGAUCGUCGUUCUGGUAAAUCUCUUGAAAACAAUCCCAAAUUUGUCAAAUCAGGGGACGCCGCCAUCGUUAAAAUGAUUCCGUCCAAACCGAUGUGCGUUGAGGCCUUCUCGGAUUAUCCUCCUCUUGGUCGUUUCGCUGUAAGAGAUAUGCGUCAAACCGUCGCUGUAGGAGUUAUUAAGGGUGUCGAAAAAGUUGACAAGUCAGGAAAGACCACUAAAGCCGCCGCUAAAGCUAGCAAGAAAUAA